AUGAAGGUGUCCCUGGACGAGAUGUACAAGGGCAACGUGCGCAAGCUGCAGAUGUCGCGCAGCAUCAAGUGCCCCACCUGCCAGGGCUCCGGGUCCAAGUCAGGGAAGAAGUACACCUGCGAGGUGUGCCACGGCUCGGGUGUGGAGGUGAAGCUGCGCCCGCUGGGCCCCGGCAUGAUGCAGCAGAUCCAGCAGCGCUGCUCCAAGUGCUCCGGCACGGGGUCCUUCAACCCCCCCUCCGACCGCUGCGGCGCCUGCUCCGGCAAGGGCCUGGUCUCCGAUCGCAAGGUGUUCGAGGUCCACGUCGAGCCCGGGCACCGCCACGGCUCCAAGGUCCUGUUCCGGGGGGAGGCGGGGGCUGAUGCCCCCGACGUUCUUCCCGGCGACCUCAUCUUUGUGCUGGAGCAGAAGGAACACCCCACCUUCAAGCGCAUCGGCUCUGACCUCUUCUACGAGAAGAAGGUGUCGCUGGUGGAGGCGCUGACGGGGGCGCUGCUGCACAUCACCCACCUCGACAACCGGGUGCUGGAGGUGAACAGCACCGGCAGCAUCAUCAAGCCCGACUCCUGGAUGGCCAUCAAGAACGAGGGCAUGCCCAUCCACGGCCGGCCGUACGAGAAGGGCAACCUUUACAUCCACUUUGCGGUGGAGUUCCCAGACCAGCUGGCGCCCGAGGCGGCAUCCGCCCUGCGCUCGCUCCUGGGGGAGCCCGCUCACACCAACGGUGUGGUGCCCAUGGAGGAGCUGGAGGAGGUGCAGCUGACGCCCGUGAAGGACAUCGAGGCCGAGAUCAAGGUCCGGAGGGAGCAUGAGCGACGCACUGGUGGCCAGUACGACAGUGACAGCGAUGAGGAGGGCGGGCAGCGGGGACAGCGUGUGGCCUGCUCCCAGCAGUAG